CGCUGCCAAUCUGGCUCGGGGCUGGGUGUGCUAGUCUAGCGCGCUCCCGCGGAAGGGGAAUCAAGCCUUGCCUGUUGCGGCCUUGGCUACGUGGAGCCACCAUUUUAUUGAAUCGUCAGCAUCACUGAGCACCCAGGGAUUCCACAGGAUGCAAUCAUCUCCGUGCGGUUCGGCACGACUAGGACUGGGGGGAGCAGGCAACGAUGCAGGUCGCCAUGGCGCAUCCCCUCACGUUCCCGACGCCGUUGGACGCGUGCUGCGAACCGUUGAAGAUCGACGUGCUGCAGCAGCUGAGCUCGAAGCGCCUCGUGAUCCAGUCCGACCAGGCGAAUUACAGGAUCGGGCUGGACGGGCAAGGCAUGGCCGUGGGCCUCAGCGUGCGGAGCGUCAGGGGCGGGGAGGGCAAGCAGCAGGCCAGGGCCGCCAGGCCGGACGCCGCCGCGCUGCUCAAGCAGGACACCGCCAACUCCGCCCGCGAGUACCUGGAGUCCCACGGGCUGCUCAGAUACGUGCAGGCCCUCUUGCACGCCGUGAUCCAGGUCAGACCAGAGGACCCGUACGAGUUUAUGCGGGAGCAGCUCACGGCGGGCCAGGAUGGGCCCUCGGCGGUCCACGCGGCCGCGGCGCCGCCGCCCGCGAUGGCAGCGGAGGCGGCACGAGCGCCGGCGGGCGAAACGGCUGCACCCGCGGAGGCCGCCCCGCCGCCGCCGCAGGAGGAGGCCGACGCGCCGCCGCCGCCGCCCCUGGCGCCCCCGUCGCCGCCGAAGCGGCCGACCGGGGUCAAGCCGCCCGCAGCGGAGCCUCCCACGCUGGAGGUGGAGCCCGCGGACGCCGCGGCAGAGGCGGCGGGCUCGCCGCCAGAGGUGGCAGAGGAGGCCGCCAGAGGCACCCGCUCGUCGCCAGAGGCGCCGUGCUACGGCGACCAGCACGAGGCGCCUCCGCUCCCGUCGCAGGGGAUCACCCUGGAGGAGUUCCGAGCGCAGACGCUGGACGCGCUCAAGGUGGCCCGCGAGAACGGCACCCUCGAGGCCCACCUGGAGCGUGCGCUUGGGCGGCAGCCAUCGCAGGAGGCCACCGCCGUUGCAGCCGCGCUGGAGGCGGCGGAGGCGGCGCCGCCGGCCGCCGAGGCGGCGGUCCCUGGCUCCGCUCGGCCCGAGGCGAGGGCAGCGGGCGCCGUCGCCCCGGCGGAGGCUCCGGCGGCGGGCGCGGGCGCGGCGGGCGGGGGCGCCACCGGCCGCGCGCUGCUGGUGGUCACCUCAGCCGCGCUGCUGGGGGGGCACCCCUGCGGCCUGUGGAGCGAGGCGUGCACUGGCCCGUACUUCCUCUUCAAGGACGACGCCGGUUACUCGGUGAGGGUGGUGUCGAUCGCCGGCGGCGACGUGCCGGUCGAUCGGUCUUCUCUGAGCGCGACCUUCAAGACGGAAAACGACGUCAGGAUCAGAGAUGGACAACGAGGCAGUGAAUCCCCUCAAGGGCACCGGCAAGCUGGCGGACGAGGACGCGAGCCAGUACGACAUCAUUUUGUUCGCUGGGGGGCACGGAGCCUGCGUGGAUUUCUCAACAGAGGAGAGGUCGGCAACUUCGUGAGCAGAGCGGCGGAGCUGGGCAAGGUGUUGGCGGCCGUUUGCCAUGGAACAGUCGCCCUGGUCCACGCCACUGUCGCGACGCAGGAAGGUGGCGAGCGCGCCCCGCUGGUGAAAGGGAGGAACGUCGCCUGUUUCAGCGACGCGGAAGAGGAGCAGAUCCAGCUGGCGGGCACGGUGCCCUUCCUCGUGGAGGCGAAGCUGAAGGAGCUGGGGGCCCUGGUGGAGAACGUCGACCCGUGGGCGGACCUCGCGGGAGGGAGACUGGCCACCACCACGCCAUACCUCCCGACGUUGUGAACAAACACGAAUGUUCAGGUUUCAGGGCGGGAGUGACGGCGGCUCCCCAGGGGAAGCUCGCGUUCCUAUCGAGAACGCCAGCGGCGCAUCACCAGCCGCUCCCUGGGAGUUUGACGCAGCGUCUCGGGAGCCCC